AGCGGUCUUGCUGGCUCUCUGACGGCCUAUCACCUUCUAAGUGCUGACGGUCCCCAGAAUAUCGUCAUGCUCGAGGCUCGUGAAGCUUGUUCUGGCGCUACUGGUAGAAAUGCUGGUCAUUGUCGUCCUGAUGCUUUCCGCGGUUUCACUGCGCUCGCAAAGAUACAUGGCCCGGAGCAAGCGAUGAAGAUACUUCAACACGAGAAGCUAGUGUUGGACAAAGUCAUCGACUUCAUAUCCACUAAUAAAGUCGAUUGCGAUUUCGAUCUCUGCGGUACCUUCGACGUAUGCAUGGGCGAAGACUUUUUAGACUAUGUCACGAACGCGUUCGAAGAGUUCAAAGCCGCAGGUGGAGAUGCUUCCCCAAUUCGAUGGAUGGAAUCCGAAGAGGCUCGAAAGGUCACACGCGUUCCAUCUGCACUGGGUGCAUUCGAGUGGAAAGCUGCGAGUCUUCACCCCGCAAAGCUUUGCCAGUUCAUCAUCCGGAGCAAUGUCAAGAAUGGACUCCAGCUGUUCACCCAUACGCCCGCAGUCGCAAUCACCACCGUAACAACGCCGAAUGGAGUAUGGCAGGUGAAGACUCCUCGGGGAAGCAUCCUCGCAAGUCGGGUUGUUCACGCCACGAACGCCUUCGCACCCACGCUCCUCCCCCUCCUCUCCGGAAAAGUCACCCCCUGUCGCGCUCAAGCCCACAAAAUCAUCCCUCCUCGACCUCUCAACUCCACCAACCUCCUGACUCACACCUACUCCCUUCGCUACCAAUUGCACCAUUUCUAUUCCGUCAUACAGCGGAAAGUAGAUGGUGCGAUCGUGCUAGGGACGUCGAGAGGUAUGCCUGGGAUGAGCGAGGAGACACGGAGGGAGAUUACUGGGACGACGGAUGAUACGAAGAUCAGUGAGGAGAUCAGGAAGGAUGGGCUGGCGAGUUUUGAGAGGAGUUUUGGACUGGGGGAUGGAGGUGACGGGAUGGGGAGGCAGAUAGGCGAGGGUGAGGAGUUUGGGUGGACUGGUAUUAUCGGGAUGACUCCAGACCUCAUGCCGUUUAUAGGUCCCGUUCCCUCCCUCCAUGGUCAGUUCGUGAUCGCUGGGUUUAACGGUCAUGGUAUGGCCAGGAUCUUCGAUUGUGCACCUGGACUCGUCAAACUUAUGGAUGGAGGCGAAUGGAGCGAUACCAAUAUGCCUGAGUGCUUCCAAUGCACGAACGAGCGGUUGGAGCAAUUGUCUAAAUAG